AUGGCGUCGAUGACGAAGUUAUUUUUGUUGGGUGUUAUUCCCCUCUUUCUUCUCCGCUUCUGCUGCGGAUGUAUCCACAGCGAGAGGGAAGCACUUCUUCACAUUAAAAAUAAAUCUCAUCCCUCUUAUUUUUAUUCGUGGGAGAAUGGAACAGAUUGUUGCGACUGGAACGGCAUAUCCUGCAGUAACACCACGCAUCAUGUAGUCAGUGUUGUUCUGAUGGGGUUUCUAAAUCCGAACCUGCGUUUGGUGGAAGGAGGCAUCAUAUGGCCGAGCUUGUGCACCCUCACUUCUCUUGAAACCAUAGACCUCUCUUGGAUUGGAAUAUCAGGUACUCUUCCUCCCUGCUUGGGAAACCUCUCUUCUCUCACAUACCUGUAUUUAAGUGGUAAUAGUUUGAGUGGGAAAAUUCCAAGCAUGUCUUCUCUCACACACCUGGAUUUAAGAGAUAAUAGUUUGAGUGGGAAAAUUCCAAGCAUGUCUUCUCUCAUACAGCUGGAUUUAAGUGAUAAUAGUUUGAGUGGGAAAAUUCCAAGCAUGUCUUCUCUCACACACCUGGAUUUAAGCUAUAAUAGAUUCAGUGGAAACAUUCCAGUGUCCUUGGCAAACAUGUCUUCUCUCACAUACCUGGGUUUAAGCUAUAAUAGAUUCAGUGGAAACAUUCCAGUGUCCUUUGCAAACAUGUCUUCUCUCACAUACCUGGGUUUAAGCGGUAAUAUGUUGAGUGGGAACAUUCCAUUGUCCUUUGCAAACAUGUCUUCUCUUGACGUCCUUACGUUAAAUAAAAACAGUUUCGGAGGUGAAACUGUCCUUAGUACUAUUUGUAUGCUCAAGAGCCUUGGUGAAGUUGGUAUUAGUAACAAUCACUUGAGUGGUAUUAUCCCAGAUUCUUUAGGCAACAUUUCCUCGCUCCGUUGGUUUGAUGUUUCUUAUAAUGCUUUAAGUGGUUCUGUCCCAGAUUCCUUGGGGUCUAUGUUUUCACUAGGAUACUUGGAUCUGUCUUACAACCAGCUAAAUGGAACUCUUCCCUCCUCAUUUUCAAGGCUCUCCUCCCUUUGGUACUUGGAUGCUAAAGGGAAUGCAUUUGCUUCCUCAACGCUGCCCUCUUCACUUGAAUAUCUCUAUCUCACAUUAAACGGCCAUCAGAUAAUUUCAGAGGCUUUUUUUCACAACCUUAGCAAAUUAGAGGGCCUGUCUCUGUCUGAUUGUGAACUUAAUAUCAGCCCUACUUGGAUUCCAUCAUUCCAAUUAUCCACCUUACAUAUGAAAUCAUGUAAGACGGAUGGUCAAAUCCAGUCGUGGAUUUCGACUCAAUUCUCACUUGAAGAGUUGCAACUAGCUGACAACAAUCUUGUUGGAGAAAUUCCCUCUUGGCUCAUGGAUAUGAGUCAUCUACGGUCAAUCAAUCUCACAGGAAAUUUUCUGGAAGGUCGCCUUUUGCUAAACACUUCAGCUCAGAAAUACUUGGAGGUCUUCGAUGUGUCUCACAAUGCAUUAAGCGGACAACUACCAUCAAUUUGGCUUCCUCGUAUACAAAUAUUGUUACUCAACCACAAUUUCUUGACGGGAAAGAUCCCUCCAACCUUACAGUUUAGCUCUUCGCUAUUUAUGUUAGAUUUGGCAAAUAAUCAGUUGAAUGGAAUGAUCCCUCAAAGCUUGGCCAACUGUUCUCAGCUUCAAAUGUUGAAUUUGGGGGAUAAUGAUUUUGGGGGAAUGAUUCCAUAUGAGUUUGGUGGGCUAAGUAAACUGCAGUCACUAGUGAUAAAGAAUAACCAGUUCAACGGAUCAUUCCCUCCUUCCAUAUCAAACUGCACAGAAUUAUAUUUUCUAGAUGUUGGGCAAAACUUACUGAGAGGACACAUUUUUAAGUCAAUUGGAAACCUUUCGAAGCUCAAAGUCUUGGCAAUGAGGAAGAAUAGUUUUGAAGGUAGCAUUCCUGCUGAAAUUGGGCAGUUGAAGCACCUCCAGAUCUUGGACCUUUCUUCAAAUCACCUAUCAGGAUCUAUACCACGUAGCAUUUUCAAUUUACAAGCAAUGAUGACAGAACCACACCAGGAAUUUAGCAUGGUUCAGUUUCGACUUGACAUACCAGCUGCCCGAGCACCACCGUCAUCUUACACAUAUGAGAAUGGGUUGAAUAUGGAUUCCAAGGGAAGAGAUGAACACUACACAUAUAUUUUCCCCAACAUGGUGUCAAUAGAACUUUCAAACAAUCAACUAAAUGGGGAUCUUCCCUCUGAUUUAGGAAAGUUGAAGGGGUUGAACUUGCUCAACCUUUCUAUGAAUAAUCUCAAUGGUGUUGUUCCAAAUAGUAUUGUAGAAAUGAUAUGGUUGGAAACAUUAGAUUUAUCUACAAAUAAUUUUUCUGGACCAAUUCCUUCAGAUCUUGGUUCUUUGAGCUAUUUGGGAGCCCUCAACUUUUCCAACAACAACCUUUCUGGCAAUAUACCUCAAGGAGGACACAUGACAACAUUUAAGAAAUCAUCUUAUUUAGAGAAUCCAUAUCUAUGGGGAUGUCCACUACCAAAGAAGUGCAAUUGGCCAGAGUUUGCUCCAGCUCCUCCUCCUGUUUCUACAUCUAUUAACGAAGAAAAGCAAAGUGAGGAAAGUGUGUGGUAUGGGAUUGGAUUGGGACUGUCAUAUGGAGCAGGUUUUGCAGCAGUGGUUGUAUUUAUUGUAUUAAGAAGAAAGUGGCAACAAAAAUACUUCAAAGGAGUUGAUUUGGUCUUGAAAUUUUUUUUUCCACGGUUCCGCAAUUUGACAUUAUGAAAUUCUAUUUCUUUUGUUGAGAUCUUGGAAUUAUUGUAAGCAAUCUCCACAUACAUUAAUAAUGUUCUAUUUCUUAUUUGGUAUUUUCAAUAGAAUUUAAUUUUGGUGUCCGUAAAAACUACCAUUUUCACUUCAAAUUAUUGAUAGAUCUUAUAUUUUUCAUUUGAAUUAUGUUUAUCUAGGAUUGUAUUAAACAUUUUUUUUUUAUGCAUACCUUUAAACAGAAUAUAAUUCAAUAAAUGUAAUGGUGGCAUUGGCAUCAUUUCCUUUUGUCCACAAGUAAUUGUCAUCUAAAUUUAUUUUUUAAGCUUGCUAUUAUCAAAUUUUAAAGCAAUCAAUGAAAAUAUUGUUGACGAAUUGCCUUUGACGUUUUUGGGUAUAGACAAAAAGCUCUAAUGUCAAAUGCAGUUUGAAAGUUUUUAUUUUUCCAUGCAACUAAUAACUAUUCCAAAUCAUUAUUGUUGAUUAUUUUACUCUUUUUUAUCAAAUGUUUAAAACAUACAUUAUCUAUGUUGAGCAUUUAGAUCAAAAGAGUAACUUAUCUUAUAGUAUUUAUGUUAGAUUUGUGUUUGCAAAGGAUAUCCAAAUGAUCAUACCAAUAUUUCAUAACAAUCUAAUUAAGAAAAUUAACUUGUCACUCAAUUUGCUUCAUUCAACAAGUAUAAAUACAUUGCUUAUAGUUUUAAUUUUAAUUUUGAAUAAUAAAAGAAGAUUAUUACCAUAACCUUAUUAUUAAUAAAGAAAUUCCCUCGUCAAAUUUUGGUCUGAAUAUUUUUUUGCUGUCAAUAAAUUACUUUUGUCCCAUUUUAAUGGGUUAAUAGAAGUUGAAGAGACUGUUGCAACUGAAUCCUUUCUGGAUGGUUUCUUCUUCCUAUCUUUACUGAUACAUCUAUUCUAUGGGUUUUUGGCCUAUAGAUGAGAAAGAGGCUCAAUUUUUUAAUCUUUUAUUGGAUGAAAAGGUGUACUUGCACUCUAAGCUCUCUAGAAUGCACUCCAAAUUUAUUGCCAUGAAAUUACAGCUGAUAAGUCCAAAAGUUUGAUUUCCUUCAAUGAACAACUUUAAUGGUGCAUCAAUGAUCUCAACCAUUAGACGGUGGCAGUCGAGUCCGCAGCGUGGGAAUGAAGGUGUGUCAAGAGGAGCAUUUCAGUCGAUUUGAUUGCCUGAAUGAAUUAUGGGAGCUUGAUGAAUGUUAAUGACAUUAUUUUGUGCAAAAGUUUGACAGAUCUGCUUAAGUCACAAAUAACAUAGUGGGUGAACUUAUAUAAGCAAAUCACUCAGAAACACUUUCUACAUGGAUCGUCGCCAAAGUAUUCCACAAGUGGGCGAUUGCUGUAUACAAUGUCUGUCACAAGUUUUCCAUCUUUUAUCAUUUAGACUUGGGGUUAGAAGGGUGGAAGAAUUAUAUUGCUAGGUCCUGGCCGUUCUUACCCCUGUUUGUUGGUUUCCUUGUUUCGACUGGAUAAUGUUUGAUGCAGGACAUAAUCUACAGCAAAGGCAAAGAAAACAUCCCUUCUAAAUUAUGUUGAGGCUUGCAUUAUGUCUGAUGCUUAUUUAAGGGGCACCCAUGUCACAACUGAGUUUGAGGCCUUGAAUGGGAUAAAAAUGUUCUUUCUAGAUUAAGUCAGGGCUUCUAUGAGGCCUGCAAGAGGAAAUCUACAGUAACGUGGCUAAUCUAGGAAGGGUGGCAGGAUAAAUGAUGCAAGACGAAAACAACUCCAGGUCGCCUUCAAUCUUCAACACUCAAAAUAAUUAACAAACGCAAUAGCAGAGACACUUUGCUUUCUUCAAUUGAAAUGUAGUCUUGAAAAGAUGCCCGUCCUCUGUUCACAGACCGUGAGGAUGCUGAAGGUUGAGCAAUUUGGCUUUACGCCUGCCACAUUGAUUCGCUUGGAAGUAUCUAAAGCCUUUUCGACAUUGAGGCAUUCUGUCAAACAGUUCAGGUGCCUUUCUCUGCUUCCCAAUUUUGCAUACAUAACUACCACAUCAUCUGACAAAAUUUUUUAAAGAUGGAUGCCUAUGCCCUGUUCCAAAGCUCCCUUUCACAAAUUGUAAGAGUACUGGCAAAGGCUGUGGGCAUUGGCUUAACACCUGCCAAUUGCAUAAAUACUUUAAACUUUUGCAAGGUAUCUAUAUAGUAUAUAUCCAUUUUGAUGUAUAUUCUGCAAUCACUGCGUUGAUAUCUCUCUGUAAACAGUUAAGUGCGUUGCCUAUAAUUUCACAUUGUGCAUACAUAUAUACAGAGCAAGGUUCCUUAACAUACUCAGGACCAAGUUCAUAUUUUAAACUUUCCCUUUCACCCUCUUCUGAUAAGCCAAACGAAACUGAAGAAAAUAAACCAAACAAAUGUUUUUGGGCGAUGCAGAUCGCCACUAGACCCGGAUGCUCCUGCAUCAAUAAAUGAGGAGAAUUUCUGAGAAUACAGCUUAUGUUUGAUAUUAGGAAAAUGAAGCAAGGAUGGCUGAAUAAACUGUGAAGGGAAUCAAUGUGAGAAGAUAUUUUUGUUCAGUGCGCAGAAACACAUGCAUGACCUUAUCUGGGCCUGUUUCUGAUCCAAAAGAUCUCCCAAAGUGGAAUCAUGAUCGAUCUAGUACUGGAGAGGCACUUGAAAAGGACAGUGAAGUCAUUCUACAUCCUCAGGCUGUCUUCAGAGAUCCAUUCCAUAGGGCAAAGAACAUCUUGGUAAGUUGCUAUGCCAUUAAAACAUAGUGAAUUUGGAUGGUCUGCGUCACUUUGUGCACCAUUGAUUGAUGGGGUUGUUUGUGGGUUUCGGGGGAUUUUCGAUAGAUACAAAUUUAGAUGCAAACAGUCUAGAGCGGCUAAGGCCUUAAAAAUGGAUAUUCAAACUGAAUGCCCCCGAAUAUGAACCAUUAAAGUCAACAUAAGAAGCUUUUUAUUGUGUAAUCUAAUUAUGCUCGCUAUUCCUCUGUGAAGAAAGCUCAAAAAUUAGAGCCAGAGCCCUGCUACUCAUGAGCAAGAGAUACACGAAUAUAAUCAAAAUCACAGUAAAAGGGAAAGGUACAUGAAUAGUUGCUGAGUAUUUGGAAAUUAGUUAUAGUAUUUAAAUAUUGCAUUUAUGCCAUCAUCUUUAUCACAAGGAUUGUAAUUAGGUUUUUAAUAUUUCGAAAGAGAGAUUUUUUUUGAUUUUUUGAUUUUUUUUUAGUGUUUUGCUAAUCAUAAUUUCUCAUUUUGUUUUGAAGUCGUGAUAUGUGUUCUAAUGUGUUUAUGCAGAAUCAAGAACAAACAAAUAAAAGUGCAGUUGAAGUUGCUUACCUCCAUGUACUUCUGAAUCAUUGAGGCCUUCUGACAUCCACCUCCAUUAGAGAUUGGUCUUUGUCUCAUGGAAAUCAUUGAGGAGGCAGCCAAUCUGUUCAUGGCAAUUAGGAUGCUUAGUUCUUACUCUUAAGCCUCUCCACAUCAUGUGAGAAGAGGUUGUGUUUAAGGAGAAUGGUCUUAGUCUACCAAUAACCAUUGUGCUUUUCACCUGGUCUUUGUUGGUGAGACUGCUAUCUGGUCGGAUUUCAGCAAGUUCUCUUGGUUGAUUCUUGAUAUUUCUUUGUUUGAGUUGUUGCUAUUCAAAUAAAUAAGAUAGUAAUAGUGGUUGAGAUCCUCACAAGAAUAUAUCAGACUCCAAUAAUUGGAUGUCCAAGAUCUACCUUUUCCUUCCUUCACUCUUGCUCUCACUGUAUAGCAGCUUCUUGUAAUUGUGAUAUUGUAACCCAUUUGAAUUUUUA